GACAUAGAAGCUCUGGAUGGCAUUAACUUGGCCUCCAGCACCACUGUAAGGAAUCUUGGCGUCAUCUUUGAUCAAGAUCUGUCGUUUAACUCCCACAUAAAACAAAUCUCAAGGACUGCCUUCUUUCAUCUACGUAACAUUGCAAAAAUAAGACACAUCCUGUCUCAAAAUGAUGCACAAAAACUAGUCCAUGCAUUUGUUACUUCAAGGCUGGAUUACUGCAACUCAUUGUUAUCAGGUUGUCCCAAAAAGUCGCUUAAGACUCUUCAGUUGAUCCAAAAUGCAGCGGUACGUGUAUUGACAAGAACAAGGAAACGGGAUCAUAUUACUCCUGUAUUAGCUGCACUGCACUGGCUCCCGGUAAAAUACAGAAUAGAAUUCAAAAUCCUUCUCCUGACUUACAAAUCAAUUAAUGGUCAGGCUCCAGCAUAUCUUAAAGAUCUCAUAGUACCUUAUAAACCAACUAGAGCAUUACGCUCCCAGACUGCAGGGUUACUUGUGGUUCCUAGAGUCUCUAAGAGUACAAUGGGAGCCAGAGCCUUCAGCUAUCAAGCUCCUCUCCAGUGGAACCAGCUUCCAGUUUGUGUUCGGAAGGCAGACACCUCCACAUUUAAGAGUAGGCUAAAGACUUUCCUUUUUGAUAAAGCUUAUAGUUAG